GUCAAAAGAAAUUUUUAGUACUUAACCUCACUUUUUAUACGAAUUUGUAAUAUAGUCCGUUCUUAUUAAUCAUUUAUUAUGAAUAUUGAAGAUUCCAUAGAAAAAUCAGAUUUCUUCUUGAGGGAAAUUCCAGAUGUUAAAAUAUCUAAACCUACAGCUUUGUCAAAGAAGAUUGUUAAAGAGGAAUUGCAAUUUUUAACACUCUCAGAUGAUAUCCAGGAAAAAAUAUUAGAUACGUUGAAAUAUAUAUAUGGGCCAGAUUUUAAAUUAAAUAGUGCCUCAGACUAUGAAGAAUCUAAAUCAAAUUUACUUAGAAAAUAUUGGGUAGGUCAAGGUUCCUUAGUUGUGAAAGGUGGGAUUGAUUUUUCACAAAGUAAAGAUGAACCAAAGGAAGAAGCUGAGAGAUUAAAACAGUUUGCCCUAAUGAGAUUAGAAAGUUAUGGUUUUCAUAGAAACCAUUGCAUAGAAGCGUUCAAUUAUUGUAAAGGGGAUAUCCAAGAUUCUAUUUAUUUACUUUAUUAUAAAUAUUUUAAUUGGGAAAAGGCGCCGAAAGAAAUUGAACACGGUUUAACAAAAAAAGAACUUAUGGAGCAGAGAGCUGAUGAAAAAAGUUCUUUAGAAUCAAUAUACGAUCAAACUUUUAAUCCAAAAACGGAGAACGUGUGGAUUCUUAACCUCAAAUUGGAAUAUUUAGUGAAUAUGUUUCAUAAUAAAGAAGAAAAAUCGAUUAAAGUUGUCAAAAUAGAUAAAAGAGAAAAGUGUAGGAAUCUUCUUAGACAAGGGCAUUGUAAAUAUGGUGAUAAAUGUAGAUUUUCUCAUCAAAAGGAAGAAAAAGUCGAAAAGAAAAAUGAUGCUCAUUUAGAAUCUUUUAUAUUCGAUCUAGAAAUACGUUUUCCAUUAAACACCCAGUAUCCUUAUGAACCACCUCUAAUAUUGUUAAAAACUAACGCCGUACUUCCUCCUUUAGUAAAUCUUCAUAUAUGCAAAAGACUUUAUGAAGAAGCUAAAUUGUUAGCGGAAGAUGGUAUACCGUGUGUUUAUACUAUAACAGAACUUUUACAAAACGAAGAAGAAAUAAAACAAUGUUUAAAAGAAGAUAUAAACUUUAUACAUCCGAAUCAAAAACUUUUCGAUGAGAAAAACAAAAAGGAAAUAAAAACAUCGAAACCAAGCCACUACGAUAAAGGAAAAACGUACAGAUCAAACAAAAAAGAGCAAAGUAUCGAACAGUUACAACGGGACGAUAAGAAGAUUGUAGAAUCGUUCAUAUAUAAAAUUCAAGAUGAGAAAUAUAAAAAAAUGUUGAAUAUCAGGAAAGAUUUACCUGCUUGGGCAUUACAGAAAAAUAUUGUAAACACUAUUAAUCGGUCACAAGUUGUAGUUAUAAGCGGAGAAACCGGUUGUGGCAAAAGUACUCAAGUACCUCAGUUUAUACUUGACGAAUGGAUUAAGAAUUAUUCUAACGACAAUAGACAUAUUGAAAUUGUUUGUACGCAACCCAGAAGGAUAUCUGCUAUUGGUGUUGCCGAGAGAGUAGCAGAUGAAAGGAUAGAAAAAAUAGGAAAUACAAUUGGAUAUCAAAUUAGAUUAGAGAGCAAAAUGUCUUCCAUGACAAGAUUAAGUUUUUGUACCACUGGUAUAUUAUUAAGAAGACUAGAAAGCGAACCAACUUUACCAAAUUUAACGCAUGUGAUUGUUGACGAAGUUCACGAAAGAAGUGAAGAAAGCGAUUUUCUUCUUUUGAUAUUAAAAGAGCUUCUCCAAAUUCGAUCUGAUCUCAAAGUGAUAUUAAUGAGCGCGACUAUGAACGCUUCCCUUUUUUCCGAAUAUUUCGGUGAUAUCCCGAUAAUCAAUAUUCCCGGAAGGACGUUUCCAGUCGAACAAUAUUUUUUGGAAGAUAUAUUCGAAGCUACUGGAUACAUUUUAGAAGAUGGUUCCGAUUAUUGUCGAAAAUUGAAACGCGAUGAAAAUUAUUUGGAAGUUAUGAUGGCUACUAGUGAAGUUAGUUACGCUAAUAAUAGACCCAAAGAAAAUAUCAGAGACGAACAUUUAAAUCCCGUUCAAAUAUUGGCCAGAUAUCAAAGUUAUAGUUUAACGACAUGCAAAAAUUUAUAUCUUAUGGAUCCAGAAAAAAUUAAUUACGAUUUUAUAGAAAUCGUAUUAGAAUGGAUAGUGUCUGGGGAUCACAGGUAUCCUAAAUUAGGAACAAUCCUCGUAUUUCUACCGGGAAUCACAGAAAUCACAACUAUGUAUGAUCAACUUAUUAUUCACCCUCUGUUUGGAAGAAGAACCGGACGUUUCAAUUUGCUUCCGUUACAUUCAUCUUUAUCAAGUGAAGAUCAAUCUGCCAUAUUUCGGAAACCGAAAGAGGGACAAAGAAAAAUUGUUUUAUCCACCAACUUAGCGGAAACGUCUGUAACAAUAGACGAUUGUGUUUUCGUUGUGGACGCUGGUAAAAUGAAAGAGAAACGUUUCGAUCCAAAUAGGAAUAUGGAAAGUUUGGAAACAACUUGGGUUACGAGGGCUAACGCAUUACAAAGAAAAGGACGAGCUGGGAGAGUAAUGAGUGGUGUUUGUAUACAUCUUUAUACAAAUCAUAGGUUCAAAUAUAAUAUGAUGGCACAACCCAUUCCAGAAAUAAAUAGAAUACCGUUGGAACAAUUGAUUUUGAACAUAAAGGUGCUGCGAAAUUUUGAGAACAGAGAUGUUGUAGAUGUGUUGGGGGCAUUCAUAGAACCGCCAACAUUAGAAAAUAUAUCAACAGCAGUCGAAAGAUUAGAGAAUGUCGGUGCUUUAGACAAAGAUGGGAAUUUAACUCCUUUAGGUCACCAUCUAGCUAUGUUACCGGUAGAUGUCAGAAUAGGAAAACUAAUUUUGUACGGUGCAAUCUUCGGUUGUGUAGACUCGGCUUUAACAAUGGCCGCGUGCUUAAGUUCAAAAUCACCGUUUAUGUCACCUUUCGGUAAAAGAGACGAAGCAAAUAAAAAGAAACAAAACUUUUCGCUCGGUAUGAGCGAUCAUCUUACUACAUUGACUGCAUAUAAGAAAUUCCUGCAGCUGUACAAGAAAACAACCAUAGGGGCUAAACAUUUCGCCAAUGAAAAUUUCUUAUCUUAUAGAACAUUAACGACAAUUGCGGAUGUGAAAAAACAGUUUUUAGAAUUAUUAGUUGAUAUAGGUUUCGUACCAAUAAAUUUGAAUACAAAAAGAAGAUUAGGUUGGGAUGACGUCUAUGAAAUUACUGGACCCGAGUUUAAUAGAAACGGUGAGAAUAUACGACUUCUAUCAGCUGUUCUGUGUGCCGCCCUCUAUCCGAACGUAGUGAAAAUAUUAACGCCAUCUAAGUCAUAUAUAAUGAGCGCUGCGGGAGCAGUGCCAAAAGAAAAUGUUGCCAAAGAUUUGAAAUUUGCAACGGCUCACGAAACAGUAUUCAUGCAUCCUAGUUCAAUAAAUUAUACAGUCAAAUCUUUCACUAGUCCAUAUUUGGUAUAUCAGGAAAAAAUUCAAACCAGUAAAGUGUUUUUCAGGGAGUGCACGAUGGUACCUGUGCUCCCACUCAUACUCUUUUCAUCGUACGAUUUAAAUAUCAGAGUACAAAGAGGAAAUACUUUCAUAGUGUUAGAAGACGGUUGGAUCGUUUUUCAAGUGGACGACCACAAAAUAGCGGAAAUGAUUAAAUUGAUACGACAGGAGCUUUUCAAUCUUUUAGAAGAAAAAAUUAGGGAUCCCCUUCUAAAUUUAUUCCAUAACGAUAAAUGUGAAAAAAUUAUUUCGACUAUAUUAUGGAUGAUAAAUUUAUAAUAGAUCACACUGCCUACACUUGUAAAUAAAAUUAUUUAUUUUUGUAAAACAUACUGGUGCAACUUUAACAUCAAAAUUGAUUAUUUUUUCGAUCAGAUUUUAUUAAAUUAAAGCGAAAGUUUUCAAAUGCA